AUGAGCAGCCCAGCCAUAAAAGAAAGCGUACCACCUGCAAAGCCGCUCAUAGAGCAGCCUGGGCUCGCUCCGGAAGGGGGCACUCGGGGAUGGCUCUGUGUUACGGGCGCUUUCUUAGGCAUUUUCUGCACAUUCGGUUUCCUCAACGCCAUUGGCUUAUUCCAAACCACCUAUCAAGAGACAAGUCUCAGUGAAUACACCCCUUCAGAAAUCUCCUGGAUAUUUGCCACGCAACUUGCUCUUAUGUGGGCGCCUGGGCCAAUCUUUGGACGUCUCAUCGACACCUUCGGCCCGGCGCCGGUACUCUACCCUAGCUCACUUCUAUGCGUCUUCUCGCUCUGUAUGACGAGCUUGGCCGACAAAUACUAUCAGAUUUUCUUGGCGCAGGGUCUUGCGUUUGGGAUCGGUGCCGGGGGGGUCUCCACAACAUCCAUGGUGUGCGUUGGUCAGUGGCACAUUCGUCGUCGAGCCUUAGCUAUAGGGAUUGCCACUGCUGGAAGCAGUGUUGGUGGUAUUAUCUUCCCCAUCUUCUUCGAUCGUGUCAUGCAGAGAGUGGGGUUUCAGGGAGCUAUACGGUACACAGCACUCCUGAUAGGCAUUCUGUUGGCAGCGUCAUGCUUCCUCAUCACCUCAAGACUUCCUCGCAAGAAGUGGGACUGGGAAGCGAAAUGGUUCGACUUGGCGUUGUUCAAGGAGAGGCAGUUUGCUCUGUUCACGAUUGGAGCAUACUUUACCAUGUGGACCAUAUUUGCGCCUCUGACUUUUCUUCCCGGCAUGGCACUAGAGCAGGGCUUCUCAGCCUCGCUAGCCAUCUACCUCCUCUCCAUCAUUAACGCAACAUCAGUCUUCGGGAGAACUAUCCUUCCGUAUUUCGCAGAUCAGAUUGGCUCCUUCAACAUUGUUACCAUGAGCGCUGGUAUGAGUGGAGUAUGCAUGCUUGCUCUAUGGUUACCCUUCAAUCACCACCACAGCCAUGCAGGAAUCAUUGUCUUUGCAUUGGCGUAUGGGUUCUUCAGCGGGGCCUUCAUCUCCUUGCUGAUGCCUUGUGUGGUCAGAGCCGGCAACAUCCAGACGCUGGGACGACGGUUCGGAACUUUCCAGAUUAUCAUGUCAAUCAGCAAUCUCACCGGACUUCCUCUUAUGGGUGCAAUCUUAAACCGACAAGGCAACCACGAUUUUUCGGGGUUGACUAUCUUCGCGGGAGUUAGCUGUCUUCUUGGUUCGAUUGUCCUCACUGCGGCUACUUAUUUCCUGGGAAAGACACAAGGCUCGUGGAAAGUGUAGCGUAAGAUGUUACGUCGUUGAUGAGUCUGUUACUUGACUACAGACUAGUGUGUUGGAGACCGAGGUCGAACCUCCUGUAUCAUCACCUUGCUACUUUUACCAUGGUCAGACGUUCCAGACUUUGGCUUGGUGAUAGGAUGGUGUGCCCCGCCGCUCGCAACCGACAUUGGAUAGAGUCAUGAUUCAUGCCCCGGCAGUACGGUGGUGGCUGUUCAAUAGGCCUUGAAUAAAUUUGGCAAAUAGAUUGUCGGUUGCUAAAAUGAAUAGAACUUAGCUAGAUUCGAAAGGUCUAUAGUCUUGUUAACCUUUUUCGUUUCUACACUCUCUCCUACAUGUUGUGUUUGUUCAACCCCUCCGCAGUCUCGCUCUGUAUUGACUGAAUU